CAUUUUAAGAUGAAAGAAAGAACUAUGAAUUUCUUAAUCUGCCUGACAGUUGUAUUUUGUCAAUUUGAAUAUUCUGCAUUGACAUCCCCACCAAGAUUUAUUUUUGAUAAUGGAGUGGAAUUUAAUGAAGGGGAUGAAGUAGAAAUAAAAAUCAAGGGAGGUUUUCCAGGUCAUACUUGCAGUAUACAAGUUGAUCCAGAUUAUUCAGGUACUGGUGCCACAUCAUUUUCAAAUUUAGGAUCAUCACAAACAGUAACUUUGACAUUAUCAAUUGUAAGUGAUGGUGAAACUGAAGGUCUUGAAGAAAAGAUAUUACGCUAUAAUUGUCCUUCAUCAUACUAUAAAAGUUUUACAAGUACCAUAUCUAUUUUAAGUCAAGGUGGUGGUGGUGGUGAUCCACAUUUUCUGUUUUAUGGAGUGUACAUUCAGGAUCAAAAAUAUCAAGACUGGCAUUCUACAAAAAAACCAAUUCAAAUUGGAGAUUUUACUGUGACUCUAGCACCUGAGAAUAAUAUAUUUGUAGUUGGAAUAAAGAAACAGAACCACUCUAAAUCUGAAUUUUUCUCAGUAAAAAAAUCAAAGAAGCUUGUAGUUGGAGAAUUUUUAGAUAUUAUCAUUCAAACACAAUUGGCAAACAAGAAAAAUGGAGGAUUACUUGGUAUUGUUUACCAAAAAAAUUUUCAUUUCUUUAAGAAUGUUCAAGACAGUGAAAAUAAUAUGGCCUCUUCUGUCAUAGUAAAUGAUAGACUGGUUCAUUCCAAGAUUGUAAAGAGAUAUAAUAAUGAUUGUUGGCUACUUGAUGUAAAUGAUAUCCUCUUCCCAGAAAAUUUGAACAAUUAUCUUGAAUAA